AAUCACGAAAAUGUGAAAUUGUAUUACCUACUAUUAUAGUAUUAUUAAUAUAUUCUUAUUUGUCUGUACUAAAAUACUAAUAUCAAAUUAUCAGUGCUGAAUCGGUAGUAAUAGUAGAGGGGCACGACUAUGACUGUGCACUAGAAUUUUGGAAUUUCGUUUUAUAAUAGUUUAAUGCUUGUGGGCUUCAAGAAAAAACAUGUCUAGCAUUUACGCCGAGAAGAAACCGAGCGAUCGGUCCAGGUGGAUAUGCAUAUACCCAGCGUAUUUGAACAAUAAGAAAACGUUGGCCGAGGGACGUAUUGUGCCAAAAAAAUUUGCCGUGGAGAAUCCAACUUACCAAGAGAUCCUCGAAGUGGUCAAGGCGUCCGGUUUCAACGCCGAAGUCGAAAACAAGCAGUAUUCCCGCGAAUGUAGCAAAGAAUGGCACUUCCGCGGUCGGAUACGGGUACAGCUCAAGAAUGAUGACGGGACACCUUUCAACCAAACGUUUCCUUCGAGAGAGAGUUUGAUGAAGCAUUGUGGUGUACAAAUACCCAAACUAAAAAGUCGUGUUAUGAAGGUACCAGGCCCCGAGCAACAAAACAAAAAUGAACCAAGUGGAAGCAAAAAGAAAAAAGGCCGUAAAUAGAAUACCACCAAGGAAAUGAUUUUAUUUAAACUCUAACAUAUUAUUUUAUUUUAACGCAUUUUUGUGAUGAAUUAAGUUGUGCAACUUUAUUACAAUAUAAAUAAUACAAUGUUAAGCUUGA